CUUACCUCUUUUUUUUCUCCUCCUCCAAGUGACCAAGUCGAAGCAGAGAAGUUUCUGGAAGAGAUGGGGAUAAUAAGGAGCGGCUUCAACUUUCUGGCGGGCACCGUCGCCGGAGUGUAUAUAGCUCAGAACUACAAUGUUCCAAACGUCAAGAAGCUCGUCAACACUGCAAUCUUCUUUUCCAAGCACAUCGAGGGGACCUACCGUAAGCCCAAGAACGACAGAGACGACGAUUCUUAGAACACCAACUUACCCACCCAAUAUGUUCGUCAAAUUUUCCCUUUUUCUGGGGGUAAUUUGAUGUUGAGCGAUUAAUUUUUUGAUUGAUCUGUAU